AGAAACUGUAGAUAAAAAUGAUCCAGAUUUCAUUAAAAGCAAUGUAUUUCACGCUAUGAAUGGAAAAAUCUUAUUAAGGCACUUGGUUGAAAUGUGCAAAGGCGAUUUGGUGAACUGGUAUCUAAUUGGAAUGGGUUCAGAAAUGCAUGGGAUGCAAUUUAUGGGGAAUUCCGCAAUUAUUAACGGACAUCGAGGAGAUACUGUGACUUUGUUCCCUGCAACAUUCAUGACUACAAUUAUGAGAGCUGACAAUCCAGGAAAGUGGAUUUUCGGAUGUCACGUGACAAACCAUGUUGUUGGCGGAAUGGGAAUGUUUUACACAGUAAAUGAUACUUGUAAACCAAAGCUGGGGGCAGAAUUUGGAAAAGGUUUAGAAAGUGUUGGUAACACUGUUCGGACAUAUUAUAUUGCAGCAGAAGAAGUUGAAUGGAAUUAUGCACCAACUGGAAUGAACAUGAUAACACAAAAACCGAUUGCAGAAGAGGGACAGUACAGUCAUGAAUAUUUUAAGAAAGGUCCAGAUAGAAUAGGAGGAAUCUAUAUCAAAGCGGUUUAUAAAGGAUACACUGAUUACACAUUUCAAGUAGAAGUGGAACGUGAUCCUGUAAUGGGAAUCCUUGGUCCUGUUAUUUUUGCUGAAGUUGGAGAAAUAAUAUAUGUUGUAUUUAAAAACAAAGCUAAUCGGACUUAUGAGAUGUUUCCUCACGGAGUCUUCUCAUUUGGAAAACAAAAAGUAAAACCGGGAGAGACUUACACUUAUGUGUGGCCUGUACCAGACAGAGUUUCUCCACUCGAAAAAGAUGAAAACUGUAUUACGCAUAUGUAUUCGUCAUUAGCCAGUAUCGAUGUUGACCAACAUACCGGACUGGUUGGCCCCAUCGUGAUUUGCAAAAGAGGCACGCUAGCAGAUGAAAUGAAGAAAACAGUUUACUACAUGUUGUUGGUAAUGUUCGACGAAAACGAAAGUCCAUAUCUUCAACAAAAUAUUGAUGCUUUCGCUGGAGAUCCUUCAUCGGUUGAUAAAGAUGAUGAAGAUUUCAAGGAAUCAAAUAGAAUGAAAUCAAUUAAUGGUUUGGCGUUCUCAAAUCUACUUGGCGUGCAGUUGUGCACGGAACAAUAUACCGAUAUUCGUUUAAUAUCUCUGGGUUCUGAACUGAAUAAUCAUGCAUUUACAUUGCACGGAGCUGCAAGAAAAACUAGAACCGAGUACACUGGCAUGGCUGGAGUUUUCCCCCAUGUUAUCAGCACGACUAGUGUAUACCCAUUUGGGCCUGGUGUAGCAGUGUAUGGAUGUCACGUAUCAAACCAUGGAACCAAUGGGAUGCAUUCUUCUUAUGAGUCAAAAUACUGCAGUGAUCCGAAGCCAAAAUUUCAGCCUUCUGCUAAACGAACAAUUUAUCUCGGCAUUGUUGAAGAAGUUUGGGAUUAUCUUCCUCGUAGAUUCGAUCAUAAAGGAAAUUCUGUUGAUGAUCCAGAGCAUAUCGCUUAUUUAUAUGCUCACCAGGAGAAUGGAAAAUACAUAGGAUCAAGGUAUAAAAAAGCUAUAUUUUAUGAAUAUACCGAUGACUCAUUCACUGUUCGAAAACCAAAGCCGAAGCAUCUUGGAUUCGACGGACCCAUUUUAAAAAUGGAAAUCGGUGACGAAGUGAAGGUUCAUUUCAAAAAUAUGGCAACGAUUAAGUUCAAUGUGCUACCAAUCGGCGUGUAUUACGUAGGAAUUAUGCAAGGUCCCGUACCAACCGCCGAACCAGGAAAAACCGUGACCUACACUUGGCAGGUAAGACCGGAGUUGGCUCCGAAUCCGGAUCAACCUGAUUGUUUCGCCAGUGCCUAUUAUUCCGUCGCUGAUUUCAGAAGAGAUGCCUACAGUGGAGCUAGAGGACCCAUGGUCAUAUGUAGAAGAGGGACAUUAAACCAAAAGAAAGGAGGAAUGGCAGAUAAAGAGUUCUCUUUAUUAUUUUACAUCACUGAUGAAAAUUUGAGUCAUUAUAUCGAUGAGAAUAUUCGUGAAUUUGCAAAAGCUAAUCCUAAAACAUUUGAUAGAAAAGACAAAUCUUUUGUGGAAAGUAACAAAAUGAAUCAUAUCAAUGGAUUUCUUUAUCAUGUUCCUGAAUUGAAUAUGGAGAAAGGAGAGCUAGUGAGGUGGCAUUUGUUUGCAGAGGGAGAAGAAGACAUUCAUGCGGCUCAUUUCCACGCUAACGCGUUUGUACACCAAUCCAGCUCCGAAAACAAAGGAGAUGUGUUUGAUUUGUAUACAGGACGGUAUGCUACUGUCUUAAUGAGGCCGGAUGCUGUCGGUGAAUGGCUUCUACAUUGCCAUGUUAAUGAUCACGUAGUUAUUGGAAUGGUUACAACAUACACUGUUCAAGAUCAGACAGGGAUACCUGCAUAUUAUUUGCCAAAAGAAGAAUUCGUGCAUUCGGAAUUCUUAGCACGAUUUGACAAAAAGAUAUCUCUGAGCGAGGCAAAACGUUUUAAAUUUCCAAAACAAGAAGGAUUUGUGUCCAAAAAAUAUCCGAAAUGUGCUAGAAUAAGAUAUACCACCGGCCAAGACGAAAUUUGUUCGGCACAUGGCGAUGAAAAAUACUCAACUUGUAGAGAUCGGACAUGUAGUCACAUAUCUCACUACGGUUCAACAAGACGUAAUCAACAAGUCAAAUUGUUCAAACCCUUCAAACACUACGGUGUUGAGUGCAAAAAGCCAAAGAAAGUGUGCGGCGAUGACAAAAGUAAUGAUGGAAGAGAUAAUACCUUGUAUUAUCUACCAGACCCAUAUAGAUCAUAUUAUUUCGAUGACGUCUCUUGCGAAUGUCAGACUAUCUGGUGCUUUAGUAAGAUUAUGACAAUUUACGAACAAGGGGGAAAACUGUUCAAAGGAAACGUCACAGUAAAGACCCCGUGCAAAUGUGAAUGCAGAAGGAGAUUCGCGAAGACCGGACCUUAUACCGGACGCAAAUGAUUUUUUCGACAUUCCGAUUUUUGCUUUCUUU